CCGGCGGCGCGAGGCGCUCCCUCCGCUUCUCCCGCCUCUCCAUGAGGGCCCUGCGCGCGCUGCGCCGGGCGGUGCCCGCCGCCUCCCGCUCCUCGUCCUCCUCCUCCUCAUCAUCAUCCUCCUCCUCCUUCUCUUCUCCCGCCCUAGGGAGGCCUCGGAGGAGGGCAUGGGAAGCCUCGCUGUCGCCGCUGGAGCGGGUGAGGCGGCUGCUGCCGCCCGAGGAGGCGGCGGCGGUGUCGCGGUGCGCGGCAGCGCAGCCGCCGCCUCAGCGUCCCGACGAGGAGGAGGAGGAGGAGGGGGGGAUGGACGAGGCGGCGGCCACCACCGCAGCCCCUCGGGGUGGGGUUGCUGAGGCGGCGGGAGCGCUCCCGGCGCCGUUCCGCGCCGGGGAGCUGGCGCUGGCGGAGCUGCGGAAGAAGGACCACAGGACGCUGAAGGUGAUGUGCCGGCUGGCGGGCGGGGCGGUGCUGGCCGGCCCCGGCGGGGUCCUGCCCCACGACGACAUCAUCGGGCAGAUGCCCGGGCAGGUGCUGCGAACUUCGGCCGGGAAGCGGCUGCUGCUGAGGCGGCCGUCGCUGGAGGAGUACGUGCUGCUCAUGCCGCGGGGACCCACCAUCGCCUACCCCAAGGACGUGAGCGCGAUGUUGACGAUGAUGGAUGUCCACCCGGGAGACACCGUGCUAGAAACCGGCAGCGGUUCUGGCGCUAUGAGCUUGUUUCUGUCACGGGCAGUUGGGCCCAAAGGACGUGUUAUAAGUUAUGAAAUCAGAGAUGAUCAUCAUAAUUUAGCCAAGAAGAAUUACAGGCACUGGCGAACCGCGUGGGAAAUAGGACACACGGACGAGUGGCCGGAUAACGUGGACUUCGUUCUUAGAGACAUUUCAACGGCUGCUGCGGAUCUGAAAUCUGUAACACUUGACGCAAUAGUUCUGGAUAUGCUUAACCCUCAGUCUGCUCUGCCUGUUGUACACCCCAGCCUGAAACAGGGCGGUGUGUGCGCUGUGUAUUUAGCAAACAUCACACAGGUUAUUGAACUUUUAGACAGAAUACGGACCUGCAAGCUUCCUUUUCUGUGUGAAAGGAUUGUUGAGGUAACUCACAGAAACUGGUUAGUACUCCCUGCUCAAAUCAAGAAUUGCAAAUCAAGCCAAAUGGUGGAAACUCAACAAAAUAUUGAAGAACCACCUCAAAAGGAGUAUGAAGAAAUCCACACUGAGGAUCAAGCAGUUCUUAAAGAAAGCGAAUACAAUGGAUCACUUUCUGAUGGUGCUGAAAUGUAUCACUCAGUGCCUUACGUUGCUAGACCGUCUUACUGGCAGGAAGGUCACUCAGCAUUCCUUACCAAGCUGAGAAAGUUUCGGCCGCUGCUUUCUUGAUGCUGCUGCUGCGUUAGCUGCUAAUUUGAAUAUUGUAUCAGAACAAAAUAAAACAUUGCAAAGUAGCUGCUA